CGUUGGUUUACUCUUACCUAACCUUCACCAAUGGCUAUUCGUUUAUCAUUCUUCCUUCUCUUCUCUCUCCUCUCCGUCGCCGCCGUUUUCGCGGAGGUGACGACCACCGUCGACGGCGAUGAUAUAUUCAUCAGGCAGAUACUCGACAAAACGACCUACCCAAUACUCGACAAAACGACCUACCCAAUACUCGACAAAACGACCUACCCAAGAUUAAACCCUAACAACCUUGUCGGAGCAGAGCAUCACUUUUCUCUGUUCAAAAGUAAAUUCAAGAAAACUUACGCAUCACAAGAAGAGCAUGACUACCGAUUCAAGAUUUUCGCUCGUAAUUUACGACGGGCGGAGCGUCACCAGGAGCUGGAUCCGACGGCGACUCACGGUGUGACUCAGUUCUCCGAUUUGACUCAUGCUGAGUUUAAGAGACAGUUUUUAGGGUUAAGGAGGUUGAGACUUCCUAAAGACGCUAAUGAGGCUCCGAUUUUGCCUACUAAUAAUUUGCCGGAGGAUUUUGAUUGGCGGGAGAAAGGCGCCGUUUCUCCGGUUAAAAAUCAGGGUUCGUGCGGAUCCUGCUGGAGUUUUAGUACUACCGGAGCAUUAGAAGGUGCUAACUUUCUAGCCACUGGAAAACUUGUUAGUCUUAGCGAACAACAGCUCGUAGACUGCGAUCACGAGUGUGAUCCUGAAGAACAGGGUUCUUGUGACUCUGGCUGCAAUGGUGGGCUCAUGAAUAGUGCUUUUGAGUACACUCUUAAAGCUGGAGGUCUUAUGCGUGAGGAGGAUUAUCCUUACACUGGUACUGAUGGUGGUGCUUGUAAAUUUGACAAGUCUAAGAUCGCAGCUAAAGUAUCAAACUUUAGUGUUGUUUCUCUUGACGAAGAACAAAUCGCUGCUAACCUUGUUAAAAAUGGCCCUCUUGCAGUGGCUAUCAAUGCUGUAUAUAUGCAAACAUACAUCGGAGGAGUUUCGUGCCCUUACAUUUGCUCAAAGAGGCUCGACCACGGUGUGCUAUUGGUUGGCUACGGUUCAGCGGGCUAUGCUCCCAUUCGGUUGAAGGAAAAGGCUUAUUGGAUUAUCAAGAAUUCAUGGGGAGAGAAGUGGGGAGAGAACGGAUUCUACAAAAUCUGCAAGGGUCGCAACGUCUGCGGUGUGGACUCCAUGGUCUCAACUGUUGCUGCUGUCCAUACUGCUUAGAAGUUGGCUGGUUGCUAAUAAUUGGAACUUUUGUACAUAUGCAGUUUCAGUUUGAUAAUUUAAAUCUCAAAUUAUGUACUUGUCAUAUUUGCUCAAAGCAUUUGAUGGAAAUUUCUUGGAAAUUCCUAUGCUUUGGACGGUUGCUUUCAGAACAGAUUAAUUAUGUGGAUUGAAUUUUCAUAUAAAUUUCCUAUGCUCUGCUUUGUCA